AUUCCGGAGCUUCGUAUGGUUUGUCCUUUCAGGGCACCCUUCAAAAAUGGCGCAUAUGGAGAACACUACAAGAUCAAAACACCAGUGGAUAACCGGAGGGACAACCCCGCCAGAAUGGCCACUGUGCUCCGCAACAGAGCCAGGCUGGUGAGCUACCUUCCAGGGCUUCAUGUUCUGGUGGGGCGUGUGCGCGUCGCGGGGUCCCGGGCCUUCUCUGCUGCUGGUUCCUCUGGCUCCGAUGAGCCAAACGUAGCGGUCGUCCCUCCUGAUAUGGGCCCCAGGACGGUUUGGCCGGAUGAGUCCAUGGGUCCCUUCGCUCCUCAGGACCAGCGCUUCCAGCUGCCUGGUAACGCAGGGUUCGACUGCCACAUAGAGGGGACGGCGGCCCAGAAGAAGACCCCAGUCCACAGCACCGUCCCCGACGUCCUGUCGGCGCCGUCCAACAGUGAGCGGCACGAGUUCAUACUGGCCCAGUUUGUCGGAGAGUUCUGCGGGAGUGACAGCCCCGUUUCACCACAGUUGGUAAACAGAGCAGAGCAGUACUUUGCUACCUCCAACGUAGAGUGUGCCAUUCAGUCCUGCCCCGACCUGCUCAAGAAAGAUUUCCAUUCCAUGUUCCCUGAUGCACCAACCGUCGGCAUGAUGGUCGUCACGGUUACCCAGAAGACCAAGAAUGACAUGACUUCCUGGAGUGAGAAGGUAGACGAGGAGAGAGAACAGAUGCUUGAGAAGUUCAUUGCUGGAGCAAAAGAGAUCUGCUAUGCCCUGCAGACGGCAGGCUACUGGGCUGACUUCAUCGACCCCUGCUCCGGCCUGGCGUUCUUCGGCUCGUACACCAACAACACACUCUUUGAGACGGACGAGCGCUACCGCCACCUGGGCUUCCAGAUCGAGGACCUGGGUUGCUGCAAGGUGAUCCGACACACGCUGUGGGGCACGCACGUGUUCGUGGGGACCAUGUUCACAGACGCACCGGCCGACAGCCCAGUCAUGAAGAUGCUACAGGGGAACUGAAUGCUUUUCCUGAGAGGGGAGAUUACAUAUAUAAAAAGACUCUUGUCUGAGGAUAAAGUUCAUUUGUGGACUUCUGAUUUUUUUGGUGGGAUUUUUCAUCAAGAGAUUGAUUGAGUUACCACCCCCUAUAUAUUUAGGCCCCAAGAUAGAUAUAGAUAAUGAAAACAAUUAUGAACUAAAAUUGAAGUCGCCCGGAUGUCAACAUUUUGUUAAUAAGCUAAGCAAUACAGUUCCCCGGACAUCCCAACUUGCCAUACACGCCACAACUCUCAUAUUUAAUUAUAAUUAUUAAGACUGUGACUGACUCUGCCCACGUGCACAUUCUUUAUUUUGAUAAUAAUCAUUUGAAGUUUGAACAUCCGUUGAUAUUUAUUUACCAAACUGAAGUGCCGUCUACCUCCGGACUGUUGGUCGUUGAGCUGCUUCUUCCCCUCCCAACAGGUUGAGUGACUAUUGAAUUGAAAAGGGAGCUGGUUUUCUUGAAAUUACCUCGUCAUUGUUUGCUUCACAUGUGGAUUCGCUUUCGAAGCAACCUUCCACAAGCGCCAUCUAUUCUUGUUGCCUCUCAUACCGAGACUGAAGUAGGGUCUAGUCUAGUCUAUUUGUUGGAUGGUAAAAGCAGUGCUGGUGUAAAACAAAAGGGUGUAGAUUAAGUUUAUUUUUAAAUAAGAGUAUUCUUAUAGCCCUUUGUUCCAACAUGAAAUGCAAUAAAAUAUUGUAUUACCUUGUG